AUGACAUAUAAAAUCUUAAGUUUUGCCUUAAAUAAAAAUCAAAAGCGUGGUGACAAAGAACGAUUCUCUUAUCCAUCAGGAAAAAAAUGCUUGGGUGGAGGUGGAGGAGGAUGUGGAUGUGGUUGUCCACAGACAGGAUGCCAUCAGGCAGCUCCAGAACCAAAAGGCGGUUAUGCAGUUCCUCCUGCACUACCACCAGUAACUGGCGGUGGUGGUGGUUAUGCUAAAGGUCCUGCUGGUGGUUAUGCAGGGCCGCAGUAUGGAGGUGGUGGUGGUGGAGCGCAAAUUCAUCGACGUCGAAAUCAGUUGUUUGGUUUGAUCAUAUCAACGAAUACUGCCACUGCCGUUCUGCGAAAACAUCAGUAUUUCUCACAUUAUGACCAGCGACAGUACAAAUGGAUCAGGCUUAGUUUAGAUUUAUUCCUAGAGAUUCUUUUUAUGCUAAUGAUGCUUGUUGGAUGUAGUUAUGCUUGUUUGAGUACUCAGUGCUGUCCAGCACCACCAUGUGGCUCAACGCCUCAUUGUGGAGGCGGUGGUGGCAAAUAUAUCGUGGCAUCUGGAGGUGGUUAUGCAGCUCCACCACCAGUAGGUUAUGCGGCACGAGGAUACGCCACCGGCUAA